GUGGACGCACGCCAGGCUGGAGGUGAGCUGCCUAUUUAAACACAGCAUCACAACAGCUCUGAGCUCAGAACCAAACAGUUCUCUGACUGAGACGCAUCACCUGUACUGAGAUAUAUUAAACAUAGCUGAAAGGAUUACAUUGCUUACAAUGGACUUUGACAAGACAGGCAACUUACGGUUUCUGAUCUCCUGCAUCCUCUUUAUAAUGUUACCUCAGUGGACCCCAGUAACAGGCUGGUCCUACCAUCACUCUAACGGCACCAUGGACUGGAAUACUGCUCGUCAGUGGUGUAGGGAUCACUUCACGGACAUGGUGGCCAUCCAGAACCACGGUGAAAUCAACCACCUCAACAGCUUCCUUCCCUUCGUGAGAGGAUACUACUGGAUUGGCAUUCGCAAGAUCAACAACAGCUGGACCUGGGUGGGCACUAACAAGAAGCUGACGGAGGAGGCUGAGAACUGGGCCGCAGGGGAGCCCAAUAACGGACAGAGCAAUGAGGACUGUGUGGAGAUCUACAUUAAGAGGGGAAAGGACGAGGGCAAAUGGAACGAUGAGUCCUGCACAAAGCUGAAGACUGCACUUUGCUACACUGCAUCCUGCAAGAAAGACUCCUGCAGCUACCACGGAGAAUGUGUGGAGACCAUCAACAACCACACGUGUGAAUGCUUUGAGGGCUUCUAUGGAAAAGAGUGCGAGCACGUUGUGAAAUGCCAAGCAGAGGAAAUUUCUGCUCCUGACCACGGCAGCGUCCACUGUGUUCACCCCAAUGGCAAUUUCUCGUAUGAGUCUCGGUGCGAGUACUCCUGCGAUGAGGGCUACCAGGCCGUUGGCUCACAAACAACACGGUGCGAAGCCUCAGCAGCUUGGUCAGCCAAACCGCCAACCUGUGAACUUGUCCAGUGCUCUGAUCUGACUGAGCCUCUUCACAGCUCUAUGCAGUGUGAGCAUCCGUUGGGAAGCUUCAGCUAUCAGUCCUCCUGUGAGUUUACCUGUGAGGAAGGAUACACACUAACAGGCUCAAGCUCCAGCAAGCUGAUGUGUGAAGCCAGUGGACACUGGAACGAUUCUCAGCCCAUCUGUGAAGCUGUUCAAUGUCCAACUCUUGAGGACCCUGCGAACGGCAGGAUCAACUGCAAUGGUGAUAGUUACGGCAGCAGCUGCAUCUUCAGCUGUAAUAAAGGGUUCCACCCUCAGGGGCCAAUAGAAAUUACCUGCACAGAAUCUGCAGAGUGGAGCCAGAACAUGCCUCACUGCGAAGUUGUCCAGUGCUCUGAUCUGACUGAGCCUCUUCACGGCACCAUGCAGUGUGAGCAUCCACUGCAAAGCUUUGGCUAUGAGUCCUCCUGUGAGUUUACCUGUGAAGACGGAUACACACUAACAGGCCCAAGCUCUGGCCAGCUGAUGUGUGAAGCCAGUGGACACUGGAACGACUCUCAGCCCUCCUGUGAACCUGUUCGUUGUCCAACUCUUGAGGACCCUGCGAACGGCAGAAUCGACUGCAGUGGUGAUAGUUACGGCAGCAGCUGCAUCUUCAGCUGUAAUGAUGGGUUCCAACUUCAGGGGGCACCAGAAAUUACCUGCACUGUGUCUGCACAGUGGAGCGAGGAGGUACCUUACUGUGAAGCUAUCAGAUGCAAGCUGCCAGAUGUGCAGGCUCCCCUAACAUUUGGAUGCAGCGGAAGCUCAGACGACCUCACAGUCAACUCAACCUGCUACUUCAGCUGUGAGGCAGGCUUUGAGCUCCAGGGGGCAGCGAGUACUGAGUGCACAGUGACAGGAGAAUGGAGCACAGCCACCCCAAGCUGCACAGCAGUGAUGUGUCCGAACCUCCAGAAGCCGGACAAUGGCCUCAUGACCUGUUCCUCUGAGGAGGUCACCGUCGGCACUUCCUGUUCCUUCAGCUGUUUGAAAGGCUACAGUCUGCUCGGCGAUGAGGUGGUGACAUGCAACCUCACCGGCAACUGGUCUGGAGCGGCAGCUGAGUGCCAAGCUCCUCCUGAGCCCCUGUUGAGUCCACCCUUGGUGACCGGCCUGACCCUAGCAGGAGGCGUUAGUGUGUCCAGCCUCGCUCUGGCUCUCUGGAUAAUGAAGAAACUCAGGCAGAAAGCUGAAAAGUUUGACGUAAGUAACUCGGACAUCGAUGUGCCCUCCCAAGUAUACAAGAGCAUCGACAGUCUAAUAUAGAGAAACUGUGGCUACAAACUACACUAAAGGGCUCUACUUGCGUUGCCCCGGUCAGUCCUGCAUGGACGUCCUCUUCAGAGAAUGAAGAAAUGAAUAAAAGAGUGAACACAUCGAGGUUGAUCCUCGAUCCUCUGUACUGCACUUAAAUGAAUAGACUGUACAGGACGUCACUAAUUAUUUAAAAUACUGUCUUCUUCCUAAUGGAAGUAUAUAUUUUCUAAUGUAUUGAACAUAUUGUUCUGUAUUGUUUGUGAGUAGAUGCAUGAAUCUUGAGAUGUAUGACAAGUUAUGUAUUUGUUUUAGGGACUUUUUUAUGUUUCUGAAUAUAUUUAUGACGGUUACCACGACUACUGUAUCUUAUCCUGAGAACUGUGAUGUAUUUAUUUGGUUCAGAAAACUAAGCUAAUGUGAUUCAGCCAUUUAAAAGCGCACAUUGUCAGUAUUGACUAGUGAUUUCUAAAUGGCAAAAAAGCAGCUCACAACAAGCGUCAGACAUUAUUAAAAUGUGGGUGAGUGAAAUAUUAUUUAUAUAAUGUUUUAAUGUAUGUUUUUAUAUGUAUUUCGUAGUUAGUAUUUCAGAUAUGCCUCACUGAAUGCACAUUGUUUAUUUUUUGUGUUAUGCAAUACUGAAGUUGAUGCCGAUGUAUGAAUUUAUUUUCAAAAAUUAAAUAAAACAUCUGUACACCAAA